AGAGAGACCAAGGGUUUAAGGGGUUUAAGAAAUUUGCAUACCAGAAUCGAACAAACCACUCUCCUCCCUCGUUUUCGCUUCCACCAUCAAUGCCCUCUUCAUAACCCAUUUCAUCAUUCUCUAAACAUCGCACAAUACUUCAAUUCCAGUUCCCCAAAUCCAAUGUUGAAGCUCAUUUCAUCCUCUUACAUCCACCGCUUAAACCCCUCCGCGUUGCCGUUGGGGUUGAGUCGGAUCAACCGCAUUUUGGGAGGGAGGUUUUUUUUCUGUUCGGAGUCUGGUCACGGACCCGAUCAUGCGGUUGAUACUCAACAUAAAGUGGCUGAGGAGACUCCGGAGAAGGAAUCAACUGCAAAAGCAAUUGAAGAGAAGAUGAUAACUGCCGAGAAGCGCCGUUAUUUGUUAAAUGAGCGGCUUAAGGCCAUGAAGGAAUUGAGACUGGAGAUUGAUGCACUUACUGGUAAAUUCAUGGAAAGGAUUGAACCUAAGCGAGAAAAAUGGCCACCUUGUGUAUUACAAGUUAUAGAUGAUGAACUCACAAAGCUACAGUUGUUGGAGGCUAGUCCUAGUGAAUUCAGUGUUACCCAUAACUACUUGGACUGGUUGACUGCACUGCCUUGGGGUGAAUGCAGUGAUGAGAACUUUAAUAUUAUGCGGGCUCAAAAGAUUCUUGAUGAAGACCAUUAUGGAUUAACUGAUGAUGUGAGGGAAAGAAUAUUGGAAUUCAUAGCUGUUGGGAAAUUGAGAGGGACAUUACAUGGAAAUAUUAUCUGUCUUUCUGGGCCACCAGGAGUGGGAAAAACAAGUAUCGGCCGUUCAAUUGCACGGGCUUUGAACCGUAAGUUCUUCCGAUUCUCUGUUGGAGGAUUAGCUGAUGUGGCUGAAAUCAAGGGGGAUCAUCGAAGAUUUAUAGGUGCUAUGCCAGGAAAGAUGGUACAAUGCCUAAAGAAUGUGGGAACAGGCAACCCUCUUGUUUUGAUUGAUGAGAUUGACAAAUUGCAAAGAGGACAUGCCAGUGAUCCAGCAAGUGCUUUGGUAGAGCUCCUGGACCCCAAGCAGAAUACUAAUUUUCUGGACGACUAUCUUGAUGUUCCCAUUGAUCUAUCAAAGGUUGUAUUUGUUUGCACUGCAAAUGUAGUGGAGAUGAUACCAAAUCCCCUAUUGGAUAUGAUGGAGGUUGUUCCUAUUGCUGAGGAGAGAAUGCACAUUGCAAGAUGUUAAUUAUGAAUUGAUCUCAUCCUUUAUUGUAAAUAACUUACUUUCCUAGAAUAGGUUAGAUAAAUUAGCCAACAGAACAUUUGUCGUUAUGAAUUGUAUUACCUCUAAUUACUGCUACUAUUAUAUGCAUUUUGGAAUGCAAUAGAGAAAGGCAUCAAGCCCUAUUUCGUGACA